UCCGGCGCCGACACGAGCCCACGUUCUCCUCCUCUAUAUAUCCUAGCCUCGCAUUGGGGGCGGCCGCGGAGCAACCACCUCUUCGCCAAGCAACAAGGAAGAUCUAUCCCCUCAAGAAAGAUCCCUGCAUCCUCCAAUUCCAUUGGCAUACGGAUUUUGGCAAGUUGAAUUUAGUUUUAGCAUGGAGAGGUUCGCCGCUAUGGUCGCCGGCCGCCGUGCCGCUGCCGCUCCGAAGCCCGCUUCCGCCGCCGAGGAGGGGGGCGAGGAGUACCUGCGGAUCCAGCUGGAGGAGAUCGUCAUCGUCAAGGACGACGCCUACGACGCGCUCGCCGCCGCCACGGCCGCCGCGCAGUCCCGCGCCAACGGCAACGGCCAAUGCGGCGGCGGCGCCACCACCACGGUCACCGCGUCCACCUCCAUGGAGAACUGCGCGAGGGCGGCCGCGGCGGCGCGCGUUGGGAGCUCGACGAGGCCUGAGGCCGCGCAGGGCGCGUGGACCACGGCGGCGAGGGGCGUUGGCUUCGACUAGGCGUCGACCACCUCGACGCGCUCCUUUCCGAUCGGUGGGUGGGUGAUUAUCCGUACGCGUCCUUGUUCAUAUCCAGCAUCGAAGUCGAAGAUCGGGUUGAUGAACUCCAAUGUAGUUUUUUUUUUUGGCUUGAUUACUCGUUGGUGAGGUUGGUGGAGAGGGGAUCGGCUGUAGUAGCUUGGAUCGUCAAAUCGGUUCUCUGGUUGAUCCUGUUGCUAUAUAGCAUGUCACUUUAUCCCACGAAUUUGGUUUUUGCGGCGAGAUCUGUUGAACGCAUCAAAUAGUUCAAGUUUGUGUUAUCAUCAA